AUGACGUCGCCAACAAGGUGUAUCGCGACGGCAUUGAUCGUCUUUGCUUUUCUUGUUCUCACCGCCGCGGCCGCCGCGUCUGCGCCGCUGGGGGCGACAGGCAAGGGCCAGAGCAACAACUGGGCUGUCAUUGUCUCCUCCUCGCGAUACCUCUUCAACUACCGCCACACCGCCAAUGCGCUUACCAUGUACCACCUCUUGCGUCAGCACGGCAUUGACGACGACCAUAUUCUUCUCUUUUUGAGUGACAGCUUCGCCUGCGACCCGCGAAAUGUGUACCCUGCGGAGAUUUUUUCGCAGCCCCCCGGAGCACACGACGCGGAUGGGCGCGCUAGCAUGAAUCUGUACGGCUGCAGCGCGCAGGUGGACUACGCGGGCAGCGACGUGGACGUGCGCCGUUUUCUAAGUGUGUUGCAGGGCCGUUAUGACGAGAACACGCCGCCCACGCGGCGACUCCUUUCGGACAACACAUCGAACAUCAUCAUCUACGUCGCGGGGCACGGCGCCAAGUCGUACUUCAAGUUUCAGGACACGGAGUUUCUGAGCUCGUCGGACAUCUCGGAGACGCUUACGAUGAUGCACCAGCAGCGGCGGUACGGUCGCGUUGUUUUCCUGGCAGAUACAUGCCAUGCGAUUGCGCUGUGCGAGCAUGUAGAGGCGCCGAACGUGGUAUGUCUCGCCGCCUCAGAUGCCGAGUCGGAGAGCUACUCGUGCCAGUACGAUGAACAGCUUGGCACUCAUAUGGUCUCCUUUUGGAUGAAUGAGAUGUACUUGUUGCUGAACGGCACGAGUUGCAGCAACCCGCUCACUCGCCGCAUCGGCGACGAUGCAGUGUCCGUGCUGCAUCAAUCGUGGUACAACUUCAAUUAUCACCCCUACCGCGUGGAGGCGAGCCGAAACCGCUCGAAGCCAGCGCACCGCGACGCCGUGAACGACCCGACGGCUCUGAGAGAAUGGAUUGUAGCCGACUUUGUGUGCAGCCAGGUGUCCGCAGCGGUACCAGUGGACGUCCGCUACGACCUCGAGUAG